CCUGUAACGUUAACUCCAACGGUUACAUACUUCUUUCUCCUUUCCUUUUUCUCCCCACCCCAACCCCAACCAACAACAUCAGACUCGCUCUCUCUGCGAAUUCUAAACAAUGGAGCCUGCUCAGAUCGACUGGAAGCGAAUCGAUUCUCGUUUUGUGGAAGACGUCUUCUACGAACACCUCCGAGCUCCCAAAUAUUUCGACUUCUUGGCACCAAAUCACUUAGACACCGUUGACGACGACGCUUGGUUCUGCAAACCUGAUUGUAAUCAUCCCAAGAGACCUGAGGAUUUCUUCCAUACGCCUACUUCUUCCAAGGUUCUUGAUUUUCUUGUUUUUUUUUUCAUCACAAACACUCCCCAAGGUUUCUCAUUUCGUGUUUCUUUCUUGAAGCAUCCAAGUCUGAGAGAUAAGAAUCAGACACCAGGAUCUAGUACAGAGCAGAAGCAGAGGAGGAGGGGACAUGACGAGAGUGAAAACCAGAAUCCAAACUUAUCCACGCCUCCAAGAUCAUGGCGAGCAGCACUCAAGUCAUCCUCCGCCAAGAAGAUGAGUAAAGAGACACCGAAGCUAAAGAGCACGCAGUCAGCUAGGAAUCUGUUCUCAGGGAGAGAUAUAUUCGGACAUAUCUCAGAGUUCUGCUACGAGUUGAAGAGAUUAGCCACAAGGGUAACCGAGAGAGAAGAUACUACUGGGAAGAUUGAAGUGAAGGAGACUCGUCAUCAUCAGCCUUACUCAGUUCAUGAGUUGGAGUUGAAGAAGGAGAGAAAGCCGUUGCUGGAAGUGAGCAAAGAGAAGGUCCAUGAAUCCAACAACACCUUUAAAGAGAACCGUAGAAGAAAGAAGAGAGUGGAUGAUGCGGAGAAUAUUCCUGUCUGUCUUAAUGGGGAGACUGUAGUAAAGAUGAAAGGAGAGGAGUGUAGAAGAAUUAAGAGAGUGGAUGAUGCAGAGAACAUCCUUACACCUCUAAAGCUUGGGAAUGUAAAGAACAAAGGACAUGAGCGGUUACUGCAGCAAAUCAGAACAAACCCACCAUCUCCUCAGUGCUUCUCAGAUAACAGAACAGCUUCACUGAAGGCCUUGGUGACCAAACCUACGGAAAAGGGAAUGGUUGAAGAAGUGGUGAAGAGAAAGGAGGAAGAAGAGCAGAGCAGAGACAGUAACAACAAAGAAGGGAGAGGCUUGGACGUUCUCUGGUUCUUAAAGCCUUGCUCUAUGGCCAACUAAUUUUUUCUUUUUUCUUUUAAACUUCCACCAAGUUCAUUCAUUCUUCUAUAUUUGAUUCAUUUUUUUUUUGUUUUAAGUUCAUUUCAGAUGAUCAUGCUCAGAUUCAAAGAACAUGUAAUAUUCUGAGCAAUUUCUAUUCAUCAAUCUUACCUUUACAUAUACAAUAAAUAAAAUAUGUUUAAA